AAGAUCAACCAGGACCGGGGCUGCGUCGUCCAGCCCUACGGCGGCGACCCGCGGCGCGCGCUCUUCGCCGUCUUCGACGGCCACGGCGAGCGGGGGGACAUCGUGUCCGACUACUGCAUGAGGUACAUCCGCGACACGCUCUGCACGCACCCCAAGUUCGAGUCGGACCUGAAGACCGCUCUAAUCGAGACGUUCGUCCGCUGCGACGAGAAGAUGGCCCAGGACGACGUGCCCGUGAUCCACAGCGGCACGACGGCCGUCGUCGCCGUGCUCGUGGGCAACAAGAUGACCAUCGCGUCCGUCGGCGACUCGCGCGCGGUCCUGGGCCGCAAGGACGGGACCGCGAAGGAUUUGACGGUGGACCAGAACCCGGACCACCCGCUGGAGAUGCCGCGCAUCCUGAAGGCCGGCGGCUUCGUGAAGAAGGGCGUCGACGGGCUGAGCUCGCGGGUCUACCUGAACAAGGAGCUGACCAUGGUCGGGCUCGCGAUGGCGCGGUCGCUCGGCGACCGCUGCGUGAAGCACGUCGGCGUCAUCGCGGAGCCCGCGGUCGUCGAGUACGCCGUGGACGAGGCCGAGGACGCCUUCAUCAUCGUGGCGUCCGACGGCAUCUGGGAGUUCGUGCCGUCGCAGUACGCAGUGGACCUCGCGAGCGAGUCGCUCGAGCGUUCGAACGACGCCGCCGCCGCGUGCCAGGAGCUCAUCCUCGAGGGCGCGGCCAGGUGGUCCGAGGAGGAGGGCGACUACCGCGACGACAUCACGUGCAUGGUCCUG